GAGAAACACAAACAUGAAUUUGACUCUGCUUGUUUGAGUUCCAAGAACUGGUGCCGGUAAUGGAUUUGGCAGCAUUUCUCUCAGCUUUCCUCUGUGCGGCUCUUGUCACUAAAAUCAUCCAGCAUUGGCUCGCGGACAGGCCAUUGGGCAAAUCCAAGGAUCAGCUUCCGCCAGGCCCACCAAAGUGGCCCAUAGUGGGCAACCUCCUCCAAUUGGGCCAAUACCCACACAGAGAUUUCGCCUCUUUGUGUGACAAAUAUGGGCCCCUGGUUUACCUCAAAUUGGGCCAAAUCCACGCCAUCACCACCAAUGACCCAAGCAUCAUCCGUGAAAUCCUUGUCGGCCAGGACGACGUCUUCGCGUCUCGCCCCCACACCCUUGCCGCCGUUCAUCUAGCGUACGGGCGAGGAGAUGUAGCCCUAGCUCCUCUGGGGCCCCACUGGAAGAGGAUGAGGAGAAUUUGCAUGGAGCACCUGCUGACGAGGAAGCGACUGGAGUCGUUUGCAAGACAUCGAGAAGAGGAGGCCCAGCACCUGGUGGGGGAUGUUUGGGCCCAGGCCCAGUCAGGGAAGGCCGUGAACCUGAGGGAAGUUUUGGGAGGCUUCUCAAUGAACAACGUGACGAGGAUGUUGGUGGGGAAACGAUACUUUGGGUCGGAAGCAGCAGGGCCAAAAGAGGCAAAGGAAUUCAUGCACAUAACCCAUGAGCUGUUCUGGCUGUUGGGAGUGAUAUACUUGGGUGAUUAUCUUCCAAUGUGGAGGUGGAUAGACCCUUAUGGGUGCGAGAAGAAGAUGAGGGAAGUGGAGAAAAGGGUGGACGACUUUCACUCCAGGAUCAUCCAAGAGCACAGGGAGGCCACCAGAAGAGGGCAACGAGAUGAUGCUGAUGAUGAAAUGGACUUUGUGGAUGUUUUGCUGUCCUUGCCUGGUGAACAUGGAAAGGAGCACAUGGAUGAUGUCCAAAUCAAAGCUUUGAUCCAGGAUAUGAUAGCUGCAGCCACGGAUACUUCAGCCGUCACUAACGAAUGGGCAAUGGCAGAAGUGAUUAAGCAUCCACGUGUCCUUCACAAAAUUCAGCAAGAGCUUGAUUGUAUUGUGGGUCCCGAUAGAAUGGUCACCGAAUCUGACUUGGCCCACCUUAACUACCUGCGCUGCGUCGUCCGUGAAACCUUCCGCAUGCAUCCAGCCGGGCCUUUUCUAAUCCCACACGAAUCCCUGCGCGCCGCCACCAUCAACGGCUACCACAUCCCUGAAGGGACACGUGUCUUCAUCAACACCCACGGAUUAGGCCGUAACACCCAGAUUUGGGACGACGUGGAGGAGUUUAGGCCCGAGAGGCAUUGGCCGGCUGACGGGAGCCGAGUCGAGAUAAGCCAUGGAGCCGACUUCAAGAUCUUGCCGUUCAGUGCUGGGAAGAGGAAGUGUCCUGGGGCGCCUCUUGGAGUGACUUUGGUUUUGAUGGCUUUGGCUCGGCUCUUUCACUGCUUUGAUUGGACCCCACUGGACCGUGUCGAUACCACAGAGGUUUAUGGAAUGACUAUGCCCAAGGCCGAGCCCCUGACCGCCAUCGCUAGGCCACGUUUGCCAAAACAUUUGUAUAAUUGAUGACAAUAAUUAACUUUUUCUAUAUUUACAAUAAAAAAUAAUAAUUCUUGCCCCCCUAAAAA